AAAAGACAACAAAAGUUGAGGUGGCUCACGAGACGUUCACAUGAAUCCGUCAAGAAAAGGAUCAAUUUUUCAGAGACGUUAGCAGACCAGAGAUCUCUUAGUCUUGGUUUUAAAUCAAAAUGGCCCUGAGGCAGAAUCCUAUUUUACUGUUUCUCGUGCUAUGUUCCGGCUGUUCCAUCGCUAGUACUAGUUCGACGAGUAAACCAAACAUCGUGUUUAUCCUUACAGAUGAUCAAGAUGUUGUGCUAGGAGGACUUACUCCUUUGAAGAAAGCUGAGAUGCUGAUCGGUCAGCAUGGUGUAAAAUUUGACAACAUGUUUGUGACAAGUCCUCUCUGUUGUCCGAGUCGAUCAAGUAUUCUGACUGGACAGUAUAUACACAAUCAUCGCGCCAGAAACAACUCCAUAUCAGGAGGUUGUUCAAGUCCUGGAUGGCAACAGGGGCCAGAGAAGCACUCAGUCAGCACCUACGUGAAAAAGCUCGGUUAUCGAACAUUCUUCGGUGGGAAGUACCUGAAUCAAUACGGGAUGCCGCAAGUAGGGGGGCCUGAACAUGUUCCCCCAGGUUGGGAUGAAUGGGUUGGACUUGUAGGUAACUCCAGGUACUACAACUAUACAUUGUCAGUGAAUGGGAAUCCAGAGAAACACGGAGAUACUUAUGCCUCUGACUACCUCACAGAUAUUUUGAAAGAACAUGCAGUCAGUUUCAUAAAUGAGCAGUCAGAAGCAUCACCCCCUUUCUUUAUGAUGGUUGCCACCCCUGCCUGCCAUGCCCCUUUCACACCUGCACCUCAGUACAAGGAUAAUUUUAAUACAAGUAAGGCGCCAAGGACAAAGAGCUUUAACACAGCAGGUGGACCUACCAAGCACUGGCUGAUCAGAAACACUCCACAUCCAAUGAAGGAUUCAUCCAUCAAUGCCUCAGAUUCUAUCUUCAGAAACAGGUGGCGUACUUUGUUAUCAGUGGAUGAUCUUGUUGACCAAGUCGUUCAGGCAUUGGACAAGGGGAAACACUUGGAGAAUACUUAUAUCAUAUUUUCAUCAGAUAAUGGAUUUCAUCUGGGUCAGUUUUCUCUUCCACAAGACAAGCGGCAGCUGUACGAAUUUGAUGUACGCGUUCCCUUCAUGAUCCGUGGUCCUGGAGUGAUGACUAACAAAACAUCACAGAGUCCUAUUCUCAAUAUUGACAUAGCACCGACUAUUGUGGAGCUAGCUGGCGGGAAAGCCCCUGAGUCCAUGGACGGACGAUCGAUUCUCCCUCUCUUGAAGGCAGAUGGUGAGAGCAGCCACAAAGGGGGAAACGCAAAUUGGCGCACGGACUUUCUUGUUCAACACUUUGGUGAAGGAGAUCUUAAGAUUGGGGGCUGUCCGCAGCUUUCUCCUGGUGUGUCGUGUUGUUGGCCCAACUGUGUGUGCGAAGACGCCUGGAACAACACGUAUUCUUGUGUCCGUUCUCUAAGCUCGUCGGAGGAUAUGAUGUACUGUGAGUUUAACGACAAAGAGGCCUUUGUGGAGCUGUACGAUAUCAAGAAAGAUCCUGAUCAACUGACGAAUAUCGUCAAAAAAGUUGCUCCGAAAUUUCUAGCAAAAAAACACUCUCGCCUGGUGGAUCUAGCGACAUGUGCAGGGGAUUCCUGCAGAGAAGCCUACAGUGAGACCGAGGAUUUAGGGCUUUGAAAUAAGACCAAUCGGUCAGAAUACUAAAACAAUAUCUUUCGGGCACAGCGGGGAAUAAAGGAGAUGAAA